AUGGUCUCCGCCGGCGGUUACAGACUAUAUGUGAAGGGCAAACACCUCUCCUAUCAACGCGGCAAGCGCAAUACCAACCCGAACACAUCGUUACUGAAGAUCGAAGGCGUCGAGGAUACGAAUGCUGCAAAAUUCUACCUCGGCAAACGUGUCGCCUAUGUCUACCGCGCCUCCGCCGAACGUCAAGGCAGCAAGAUCCGCGUCAUCUGGGGGAAAGUGACCCGUCCACACGGCAACAGCGGCAUCGUGCGAGCCAAAUUCCGACAUAACCUCCCACCCAAGAGUUUUGGCGCCAGUGUGAGGAUCAUGCUUUACCCGAGUUCGAUAUGA